UCAUGCGGUUCGUCCCUUUUUCCUCUAAAAGUUAUUUUUCCUUUGUAUUAACCCUUAAAAAGCUGAAGGGAGAGGGGGAGGGAGAGAGAGAGAGAGAGAUCCUUCCGUGUCUCAAUGGAGUUUUCUGAAUAGUCUCUCUCUGUUUUUUUUUUUUUUUGAGUUUCAAGAAAGAUCGUAUUACGGCCAGAAAGGUGUACCAUGAUCAUGAUUUGGGAUGUCUUCUGCUGGAAAGAGAAAUGGUUGGAUCAGACGAGAACAAUUCGGGCGUGAUCGGACUCUCAAAUCUUCAAGAAGUUGGAUUUCGUGCUGGAGGUGGAAAAUGGGGUUUGGGCGUUGGACACAACCGGCGAGCGCUGAGCAGCAUUGACCGGAAUAUAGUAGGAGCGCCUUCUUAUCCUUGUGCUGUCAACAAAAAUGUCUUUUCAGAAGCCAGGUUUGGGUCUGAGAAUAAACGAUGGCUGGAGAGGAAGUGAAGGUAUCGGGGAUCGAGAAGUUUGAUGGCAUGGAUCAUGGAUACUGGAGGAUGCAGAUAGAGGAUUACCUCUAUGGGAAGAGACUUCAUCUUCCAUUAUUGGGGAUUAAGUCGGACUGCAUGUCAGUUGCUGAUUGGACCCUGUUGGAUCGACAGGUUCUGGGGGUUAUUCGUCUAACCCUGUCGAGAUCCGUUACACACAACGUCAUCAAGGAGAAGACGACUGCGGAUCUCAUAGUGGUUUUGUGAGGUAUGUAUGAAAAGCCAUAAGCAAAUAACAAGGUACAUCUGAUGAAAAAGUUAUUUAAUUUGAAGA